UUGUCUAGGUUACUUGCCUAGCAAACGUCUGGAAAAUACCAUCAUUAGACACGUAGCGCCCUCCAGCGGUUACGUUUCCUGGACGUUGUUUGGGACCGUUAGAGACGCAUCAGUCGAAAUGCUAUGUGCGCUCACAAAUUCAGAGAAAUCCCUUACGCUUUCCCCCAAGCAAACAUGGUUAGGAGUUUGAGAUGUUGGAGUGCGCCUCUCACUGGCGAUUUACUGAAGAUUCGCAGAAAGUUGUGGGUGUCCUGGCGCCAUUUCGGAUCUAACGAAGACUGGUCCUUUUAGCUCUAGAAGAUUAGGGAAAUCUAGGAACCAACAUGGAAGCAAAGAUCUUUGGCUAACCAAAGUUAUCAGCAAGGAGCGUCUAUUGGUAUCCAGGAAGUGAGCUCACAAGUGGUUCGUGUGGGUCUGUUUCUGUGGUCGAAAAAAGCCGAGGUCCUCCCAAAAAACUUCUGCACAAAAAAGGUGGACCAACGCGAAAACAGUUUUGGGGCAGUCAACAAGAAGCUGAUACAGAUUAUUGUGCAAUGUCGGAGGCUCUGUACCUGAACACCAUACUUUUCGUUGCAGUUUGUCCAAGGUGCUAUUGUUCUUAAACAUAAAAUAGACGGAAGGACAAAUACUUGCCAAACAAAUGGAUUAAAGUAAAAAAAAAAAAAAAAAAAAAUAAAAAAAAUGGAGAGAGCAGCUGAGAGUGGGGUGAGGAGGUUGGCGCUAGCAAAUUCUGAAAUCUUGCUUUGUUUUUCGAUACACUGCAUCUAGCAAGAUAGCUUGUUAAAAUCCUAAAUAACUUCAAGAGGGCGGAUUUUUUCUUUUUGUUGCCAGUUUUAGCAGCUUGUUGCCACUCUUACAUUAGGAAUUGGAACUUAGCUUGUUGCUUUGCAAGCGACUUGGGGAAGACCGAAGUUGGUUUGGGUUUUUUUUUGGGGGGGGCGCGGCCCAGAUGCAGUGACCUCAUGCCGUGCGGGCGAUGAAGAUGCUCUGCGACGCUGGGGGGGCAGGAUCGUGACAUGAUGGGGUGCGGGAGGAGCAAGGUUCUCCCCGAGCCGCCCUCGGAAGUCCAGCUGGACCUGGUCAAGAAGGUGGAGCCCCAGGCCGGACAGGCCGCCGACCCCUACAGGCACUUCAUCCGGGAGGGGGCCAGCGGCGGGGGCAAGGCGGGCGGCGGCGGCGGCGGCGAGAAGACCGGCUCGCCCUCCCCCCACCAGUCCCAGGGCCCCCCCGGCGGCCCGCCGGACCCGUCCGACCCGCGGCGGAGCAAGGCGGCCAAGUACCGGGCCAAGUUCGACCCGCGCGUGACCGCCAAGUACGACAUCAAGGCGCUGAUCGGCCGCGGAAGCUUCAGCCGGGUGGUGCGGGUGGAGCACAAGAGCACGCGGCAGCCGUACGCCAUCAAGAUGAUCGAGACGCGCUGCCAGGAGGGCCGCGAGGUGUGCGAGUCGGAGCUGGGCGUGCUGCGGCGCGUGCGCCACGCCAACAUCAUCCAGCUGAUCGAGGUGUUCGAGACGGCCGAGCGCGUGUACAUGGUGAUGGAGCUGGCCACCGGCGGCGAGCUCUUCGACCGCAUCAUCGCCCGCGGCUCCUUCACGGAGCGCGACGCCACGCGCGUCCUGCAGAUGGUGCUGGACGGCGUGAAGUACCUGCACACGCUGGGCAUCACGCACCGCGACCUCAAGCCCGAGAACCUGCUGUACUACCACCCGGGCGCCGACUCCAAGAUCAUGAUCACCGACUUCGGCCUGGCCAGCACCCGUCGCCGGGGCAACGAGUGCCUGAUGAAGACCACCUGCGGCACGCCCGAGUACAUCGCGCCCGAGAUCCUGGUGCGCAAGCCCUACACCAACGCCGUGGACAUGUGGGCGCUGGGCGUCAUCUCCUACAUCCUGCUCAGCGGCACCAUGCCCUUCGAGGACGAGAACCGCACGCGCCUCUACCGCCAGAUCCUCAAGGGGAAGUACAGCUUCUCAGGGGAGCCCUGGCCCAACGUGUCCAACCUGGCGAAGGACUUCAUCGAGCGCGUGCUGACGGUGGACCCCGCCGCGCGGCUGAGCGCGGGGCAGGCGCUCAAGCACCCCUGGAUCGUCAGCAUGGCCGCCUCCUCGUCUAUGAAGAACCUGCACCGCUCCAUCUCCCAGAACCUCCUGAAGAGGGCGUCCUCGCGCUGCCACAGCACCAAGUCGGCGCAGUCCACCCGCUCCAGCCGCUCCACCAAGUCCAACAAGUCGCGGCGUGCCCGCGAGCGCGAGCUGCGGGAGCUCAACCGCCGCUACCAGCAGCAGUACAACGGCUAGCGCCGCUAACGCCGCUGACGGACCCGCACCGCCCCCUCCUCCUCCUCCUCCUCCUCCUCCUCGCCCAGGCCACAGAGACCGCAAAAACACACGUCCUCUCUUUCUUUUUCCAAGCUACUCUUCUCUUUGUCUCUCUCUCUCUUUCUUUGUGCGUUCGUGUUCCUUUAUUUAUUUAUUGCCUGUGUUGUCCUUGUCGUUGUGUGUUUUUAAAACAUUUUUAUUCUUUUUCCUCUGAAAGCUAGCAUCAUCACGUGAAGCCUUAAGGCUGGAAGGAUCUGUUGAACAGAAUUCUGGGAAGUGAAGUUUUUUUUUUUGGUUGGUUUUUUUUAUUUUACUUGAGUGUUAAGAAGACGGUUAAAAUGAAGGGUCUGUUGAAGGAAUCUUUUGUGUAUGCUAUCUACGUCCUUGCUGUGAAAUUGUACGGUAAAAGAAGAGCAGAUGUUUGUGAAGGGUAAGCAAUAAUAAGCAUUAAAAAUGCAUUUCAGUUUAAGUUAAAUUGGUACAGUUCACCGAAACCUCAGUGUGUUCAUGGUGGCCAAAUUUUAAUUAAAAUCAUUCAGUUUCCAUGCUGUCUAAAUCCCAUGGGAAGGGAAGGGAAGGGAAGGGAGGGGAAGGGUUUCUUCUGUAAUGCCCGCUGUUUUGUAGUGAUCGUCUUCCCUUCGCAGAGCGAUCUCCAGCAGUUCCUUAACCUCUCAUCCCUGCCUGAGAGUUACGGUCCGAAAGCGAGUCCUCCGUUUGAGUGACAGGCCGUGUUCUGCGGUUCCAUUGCUCCGCCCACAGACCUCUCGAGGGUUCGCCCGUCUGAGCAGUGGGCGGAGCUUGCGGCCGGGGUCCCGGUGGUUCCCGGGCGCCCGCGCUCGCAAUCCACCUCAACCGUUUGCCUCUCGACCUCUGACCUCUGACACAGUAUUUACUUCCUGUGCGCACUGAAACAAAAUGGCCUCCUUGUGCCCCGGGUACGGCCCUGUCUGACUCAUCCACCCACUCUAGGACUUGCUUAUAAAACCACGUGCACUGGUCCUCAGUACACUCCUGUGUAAUACAGGGAGCUCUGUUAUUUAUGCCUGGCCUCUAGGUUGUUCUUGCAGUCGACUUCAUCUGGACAGAGCCUGGCAGUCAUGUGCAACAGUUGUAGCUGUGGGUAAUGCAAGGGAAACGCAGUUGUAUUACACAGUGCUGAGUCAGCCUGAAUUGGUUCCUGCUCUACAGUGGAAAAAGGGGUUUUAGUGAGCCAGCCUGGUUCCAGCUCUACAGUGGAAAAAGGAUAUUAGUGAGCCAGCCUGGUUCCAGCUCUACAGUGGAAAAGGGAUAUUAGUGAGCCAGUCUGGUUCCAGCUCUACAGUGGAAAAGGGAUAUUAGUGAGCCAGUCUGGUUCCAGCUCUACAGUGGAAAAGGGGUAUUAGUGAGCCAGCCUGGUUCCAGCUCUACAGUGGAAAAGGGGUAUUAGUGAGCCAGCCUGGUUCCAGCUCUACAGUGGAAAAGGGGUAUUAGUGAGCCAGCCUGGUUCCAGCUCUACAGUGGAAAAGGGAUAUUAGUGAGCCAGCCUGGUUCCAGCUCUACAGUAGAUAAGGGGCAUCAGUGAGCCAGCCUGGUUCCAGCUCUACAGUGGAAAAGGGGUAUUAGUGAGCCAGCCUGGUUCCAGCUCUACAGUGGAAAAGGGCUAUUAGUGAGCCAGCCUGGUUCCAGCUCUACAGUGGAAAAGGUGUAUUCGUGAGCCAGCCUGGUUCCAGCUCUACAGUGGAAAAGGGCUAUUAGUGAGCCGGCCUGGUUCCAGCUCUACAGUGGAAAAGGUGUAUUCGUGAGCCAGCCUGGUUCCAGCUCUACAGUGGAAAAGGGGUAUUAGUGAGCCAGCCUGGUUCCAGCUCUACAGUGGAAAAGGGGUAUUAGUGAGCCAGCCUGGUUCCAGCUCUACAGUGGAAAAGGGGUAUUAGUGAGCCAGCCUGGUUCCAGCUCUACAGUGGAAAAGGGGUAUUAGUGAGCCAGCCUGGUUCCAGCUCUACAGUGGAAAAGGGGUAUUAGUGAGCCAGCCUGGUUCCAGCCCUGUUGUGGAAAAGGGUUGUGAUUGAAAAAAUGUAAGGAAAAUGAAAAUGAAAGCCUGUGCAGUGACCCUAUCAAAUCAGACUAAAUCUGAUUGGUUGCUCUUCUGGCCGAUUCCCCUCCCACCCAUUCAGCGAACGCAGAGUGGCAGCUACAUCCCAAACUCUGUUGCUGGGGGGGACAAAGUGUCUGCAGGUGUUUCUGGUUUCCUUUCAAUCAGCAGCCCAUUUAGGGCUGGGGAAAUUAGGUCUGGGGACUCAUUAGCCAAUCAGAACGAGGUCUUGGGACUCAUUAGCCAAUCAGUGGCUUACAUUAUAUGGUGAAAGUAAGUGAAAAGUGGCAGGUGAUCCCCCAGGGUGCAGGUGGAGGUCCCUGCUUUAGUGGCUGUGCACUGUUCCAGGGUGCAGGUGGAGGUCCCUGCUCCAGGGUGCUGGUGGAGGUCCCUGCUUUAGUGGCUGUGCACUGUUCCAGGGUGCAGGUGGAGGCCCCUGCUUUAGUGGCUGUGCACUGUUCCAGGGUGCAGGUGGAGGUCCCUGCUCCAGGGUGCAGGUGGAGGUCCCUGCUCCAGGAUGCAGGUGGAGGCCCCUGCUUUAGUGGCUAUGCACUGUUCCAGGGUGCAGGUGGAGGUCCCUGCUCCAGGAUGCAGGUGGAGGCCCCUGCUUUAGUGGCUAUGCACUGUUCCAGGGUGCAGGUGGAGGUCCCUGCUCCAGGAUGCAGGUGGAGGUCCCUGCUCCAGGAUGCAGGUGGAGGCCCCUGCUUUAGUGGCUAUGCACUGUUCCAGGGUGCAGGUGGAGGUCCCUGCUCCAGGAUGCAGGUGGAGGCCCCUGCUUUAGUGGCUAUGCACUGUUCCAGGGUGCAGGUCGAGGUCCCUGCUCCAGGGUGCAGGUGGAGGUCCCUGCUCCAGGGUGCUGGUGGAGGUCCCUGCUUUAGUGGUUGUGCACUGUUCCAGGGUGCAGGUGGAGGUCCCUGCUCCAGGGUGCUGGUGGAGGUCCCUGCUUUAGUGGCUAUGCACUGUUCCAGGGUGCAGGUCGAGGUCCCUGCUCCAGGGUGCAGGUGGAGGUCCCUGCUCCAGGGUGCUGGUGGAGGUCCCUGCUUUAGUGGUUGUGCACUGUUCCAGGGUGCAGGUGGAGGUCCCUGCUCCAGGGUGCUGGUGGAGGUCCCUGCUUUAGUGGUUGUGCACCGUUCCAGGGUGCAGGUGGAGGUCUCUGCUUUAGUGGCUGUGCAGUGUUCCAGGGUGCAGGUGGAGGUCCCUGCUCCAGGGUGCUGGUGGAGGUCCCUGCUCCAGUGUGCAGGUGGAGGUCUCUGCUUUAGUGGUUGUGCACUGUUCCAGGGUGCAGGUGGAGGUCCCUGCUCCAGGGUGCAGGUGGAGGUCCCUGCUCCAGGCUGCUGGUGGAGGUCCCUGCUCCAGGGUGCAGGUGGAGGUCCCUGCUUCAGUGGCUGUGCAGUGUUCAGAAGGUGCUGGAAGAGGUUGGGAGGGCAGGACUUCAGUUGAAAAUGCCAGUACUCUGUACUUAAGCAGUAAGAGUGCCCCUAACUGCUCUGUGUAAGCUGAGGAUGGUGGCCCUGUUUUUUGUGUUUGUUUCUUUUUUCUGGAAGGAACGUGCACAAAUCAAACUUGUGCACUGCUGUGAUGUGCAUCACUCUUGUCCCAGAAGAAAAGAAAAAGAAUAGUUUAAAUUUUUUACUCUCCAGUAUUAUGUUGACUGUGACCUUCUAGCCUUUGAAUGAAGAAUUGUGUUUAUGAACUGAUUUUAUUUUUCCAUUGCCGUGCAGCUAUUCAACCCUGAUUUUUGUUUUUGAGUGCACUAGUUUUCACUAAAACUUAUCAUAAAUGUUAGCAUGCCUUUUUAGGCAACUUCUAAAUGCACGCAGUGUUCAAUACGUGUGUUUAAUGAAGGCACUAAACCCCCCCCCCCCCCCCCAAAAAAAAAUUAAUAAAUAAAUAAACACUAAAUGCAAAGCAUUUGACGAGUAACAGGUACAGCACACUGACAGAGCUGUGCAUUGUGGGAAUUGUAUGCAUCGUGGGUCAUAAAGCUAAAGUAAACAAAAAGUAUUUGUGCCUUUAAUGGCAUCCAUUGCUGGUUUCAUGUCAAGUAUGUUUUCUUUUUCCCACGGUGCACAGGAACUGGUGCCGUGGGCUAUGCAUAGCAAAUUGUGGUCACUCACUCACUCACUCACGGACGACCUUUGAGGGACGUUUUGUGGGACACAUGCGCAGGUGGUGCUUCGUUUAGUAGGACGCAUGCGCAGGUGGUGCCAGCUAAAACGUGUCUGCGGAAGUGAGUUGCGCCUUGGGUCUGGACGGUUCCGUGCUUGUUUCUUUUUAAAAAAAAAAGAAAUGGUCAGUUCUGUUUUUACUUUUUUAAAAUUGAGAUUUUUAAACACAUUUCUUAAGGGAAUUAAAGCUGGUAGAUUUUCUACGGGACAAGCGUCCUAAAUCACACGAUUGGCAGAACACACUUCAGCCAAACGUUUUUGAAGGAAAGGGGACGCUUCUUUUCUUGUGAAUCCUGUCUUUUUUUUUCUUUAAAAAAAAAAAAAAAAAAAAGCUUUUCUGUUCAGUUCUGAAUUGAGAUGUGAAUUGUUCUUCUUUUUGAAUACUGGAAUAGCUGAAGAGCACAGGCUAGCUGUCGGCCAUCUUGCCAUCUUUAAGCUGCAUUUUGAGCGGGCAGAGGGGAAAGGCCGGUGCAGUCCCAGGGGAGGGGUUUCCUCUAUCUAACCACACAGCCAGAGACGUUCUGAUUGGUCUGCGGUGGCGUUGUAAUUCGCAUCUGACCCUAGCACUUUUGAAGUGACCUGUGGAGUAGAGUUAAUGAUUGGUUUUAUUAUUAUUGUUAUUAUUAUUAUUAUUACUAUUAUUAUUGUUUUUUUUUUUGUUUUGUUUUUUUUUGUUUUUCAAACAGUGUUUAUUUCAUUACAUUUGUUAUUUUACACCAGUGAGCUCUGUCUAUCCCAAAUAGCCUAAUUUUUCAGUGGUCACGCAGUGGUCAUGAAUGCAACCUUUUUUUUUGUCCUUUUGCAAAAAUGUUUGUAUUCCAUGUUUGUAAGUUUUCCCAUGUUUUGUCAUGUCUGUUUUUACCAGAUCUACUUCCGUCGAUUCUUAUUCUGAUGUGGAGAAGGCUGGUACUAGGCAUCAGCACACUGAUGAAAUGAGUAGAACUGAGUGAUUUCCUGGGGGGGAAUUGAAUACCCCCCAUUUUCAGUUUAACUGUGACCUAAUUUUUGCAUUAUGCAGCCCAACACUCAUGUUCUAAUCAUCUAAAUUCCUUUACUGAUCUGGAGGAGACCAAAUUGAAGAUCGUGUUUGCUUUAUUCUUUUCUUUCAAUCCAUUUACAGUUUUUUUUUUUUUUUUUCAUCCCCCCGCCCCCGCUCCUCAAAUAUGAAUUUCCAGUGGAGUCUCUCUGAGGCACUGCUGUGAGAUUCCUGGACUAUACACAUGCCAACAUGGUACAUCCCCUCCUCCUCUUGAGACCGAUACUCUGAUUGAGACCGAUACUCUGAUUGAGACCGAUACUCUGAGAUCGAUACUCCGAUUGAGACCAAUACUCUGCGGCCGAUACUCUGAACGUACCUGAUUGAGACCGAUACUCUGAGACGAUACUCUGAUUGAGACCGAUACUCUGAGAUCGAUACUCUGAUUGAGACUGAUACUCUGAGAUCGAUACUCCGAUUGAGACCGACUCUCCUACUGAGACCGAUACUUCAAUUGAGACCGAUACUCUGAGACUGAUCCGAUACUCUGAUUGAGACCAAUACUCUGUCCCCCCCCCUCCCCCCCCCCAUGCUUAAGGCGAGUGCCUUCACUUGUGGAGCCAAUCAGGGCUCGGUACGGAUAGUUCCAUGUUCAUUCAGGAAAUUUGAUUCGUGAACUGGGAAAAAAAAUGGCCGUGAUGUUCUACAGGGGAUUUUUCAAUUAAUUGAAUUGCGGUUUAUUUCCUGAACUCAAAUGGACUUAACCCCCCCCCCCCCCCCACCACCACCACCACCAUCUCCAGCCCCCACCAACCCCCAACCGUGGCGCCUUUGCGCUUUAUAUUCCUAAAUUUGUUUAACCUUAAUAAUUCCGCUUUGUAAUGAUGACCAUCAGCGAUAUUUCGGGAGAACACUCCGUUCUUAAAGGGACUAAAGGGAGCCUCGGCGUGCUCCUGGUUUUUGUUUUUUUUUUAAGAGGAAAACCCGUUUAAGUGUGCGUAGGACUGAAAGGAGCAAAUUGAGCCGAAGUUGUCUUAGCUUUUUCUUUUUCUUCGAGAAACACUGUGCCAGAUCACUAAAUGACAGAAUGAGUUCAAAGGCAUUUCGCUGUGAGUACAUCCAUUUUGUUUUUAAUAAGCGUGUACUCUGGAUUUGUUACAUUUCACACCUGUAUAGUGUAUUACAAAAAGAUGAUGUACAAGUCAAAACCAGCACUGUUUCCCCAACAGACUUUUUUUAAUAACGUGUUUGUAUCUGAUGUAUUUUAAAUGUUUUUGUCUGUGUGUUUAUAAUGGAGGUUAAUGAAUAGAUUUUUUUAAUUUACUUUUUUUUUUUUAUGAUGAACUGGUUCAGUCUUAGUUUUGUGUAAACGCGUGCCUACGAAAUAAACCCUAUAACGUGU